UUGCUCGUAAAGGCAAUGAUACCAAUUACACAAGCGGAAAAGAGAAAUAUUCCAAAGAGCGUAAACAUGGCCUCGCCUGACAAUCACGGUGUUCAGCGAGUUUUAGCAAAAUUACAGGCGUCCAUAAAUUCAGGAAAUUAUUAUGAAGCUCAUCAAAUGUAUAGAACUUUAUAUUUUAGAUAUGUUGUACAGAAAAAGUAUUCGGAAGUCUUGGAAUUACUAUACCAUGGUUCUACCCUUUUAUUACAACACGAACAACAUGCUAGUGGAGCUGACCUAGGAAUUUUAUUUGUAAAAGUCUUAAUGCAAUCAAUGGCAGAACCAUCUCAAGCCUAUUUUGAAAAAAUUACAAACUUAUUUAGUUUAAUGAGUCCCUCAUUGCCUGAGAGAUUUACAUUUGUGCAAUCUGCUAUUGCAUGGAGUAUGAAGGCGGACAACUCUGAUUUACAUAAAAUGGUAGCACAAGUAUAUUGGAGAGAAAAAGACUAUAUAAUGGCAAAACAUCAUUUCAUACGUAGUAAAGAUGGUUCUGGAUGUGCUGCGAUGCUUGUUGAAUUACACGAACAACGUGGUUAUACAAAUGAAGUAGACCUUUUUAUAGCCCAAAUAGUUUUCCAAUACCUCUGUUUAAAAAAUAAAGCAACCGCACAGGAAGUUUUCAAUUCUUAUACUUCGCAACAUCCAAAAAUAAACAGCGGCCCUCCAUAUAUUCUUCCUUUGUUGAAUUUUUUAUUUUUUUUAUUAAAAGUAAUUGAUAGUGGUGAACUCGUCGUAUUUACAGUACUUCGUGAACAAUAUCAAGUGUCUUUAAAUAGAGAUCCAUCUUAUCAAGAGCGCUUAGACACAAUAGGGCAAUUGUUUUUCAAUAUUCCAUCCUCACGUCCUUCUCGGCAAGGAAUUUUUCGUUAUCUUGUACAAUCUAUUCUUAAUGAUCAUGGAAACGAAGACUUCGAUGAUGAACAAAGAAAUACAGCAUCAACCUCGUAUACAACACACGAUCUGGACUAAUUAAAGGUUGCACAUCACCGUGCAAAGUAAUACAAGUAAAUAAUGAACUUAUAUGCAUAUAUAUACGUACACAUGUAUCAGUCUCACAUAUUUUCAAAAAAUCCAUUAUGCUAUUAUUUCAAAUUUUCAAAAGAAUAGUGAAUUGAAAUUAACUUUUUUAAAUAACUUGUAUAGAUAAAAUGAUUUAAAAUAAAAAUAUGUGGGAUACAUUACCAAAGGAGUUUUUCAAAGUUGAAAGUUGUAUAUUUCGAAUAAUUCGCAUAAAUUCACUCUUCAAAGAUUAUCAUGGAAAGAGGCAUUUUAAAAAGGUAACGAAAGCAAGAUUUAAUACCAUUAUACUGAAAUUCACUCAUUACAUUUGAAUCACGUAAAUAGAUUCCUUGAACUUAAACUUUGAACAAGAUCCUUGUAGUAGUUACGAUCCGUAUAUCAUACAUAUAUUUAAAAACAAACGUGUAUUUGAGUGUAAUUGCUAAAACGAAGAUUUAUUUUAUAUAAACUUAAUCGUGUGACAAAUAAACCUGAUAUAUAUAUAUACUUACAGUUUCAGAAAAAGAGUGAUUAAUAAUACUACUUGUUGGUAAAUUAUUAAAUGAAUUAAAGCGAUUUGAACAUAAGUAAAUUUCAUAGCAACAGGCAAAAUAUUUAUUUAUUCAACUCUGUAUUAAUGUAAACAAGAUUGUUUAAAAUUUCAGUAGAAAAGUACUUAACAUAUUUAGUUACGAAAAUUAAAUUGCCAUUAUUCUGUAACAAAGCACUUUGCAGUACUAAUAAGAAUAAUAUUUUAUUGCUGUGCAUUGAAUAAAAAAAAAAAGUACGGGACAAAUAUGAUUAUAAAUAUAGACUUAUAAUAAGUAUAUACAUAUAUAUACUAGACAUAUAUGUAUGUAUAGACAUAUGUUGUAUAUGUGUCUAUAUGUAUCCAUAUAAAAGUACACGUGUACACAGAAUAUCCUUUCAUUAUGGGUAUAGAAGCUUAUUUUUACAUAAUUUAUAAAUACAGUAAAUAUUGUGCAAAUAUACAACGUUCAAAAUAUAAAAAUUUAUACAAUUUCAAUAGUAGGAACGAUUUCCCUUCAAAGGGAAAUAUUUGUGUUUAUAAAAUUCAGGCAUUUCAUAUAAUAUAUUGACAAGAAUAAUAUGUGAAAUUACUUAAUUUUUCAUAAAUUAUUUGAAAAAGGUAUUAGAGAAUUAUAGAAUUGAUUUAUAAAGAUCAUGUACUGACGCUAAUAUGUGUGGUCACAUUUUUGCUCCAAAAGCUUUUCACAAUGAGGUAAUGAGGAAAUCCAAGUGUAAAAUAUUUGGAUAAUUAGUAUAUAAAUAUUAUAUACAGUCCAAUAGUCAAAGUAAAAUAAUGUACAAAUAAAAGAUUCAUAUUAUCUAUAA